GCCAACUUCAGACAUAAGAAAUUUUUUACUGAAAAAACGUGCACCGGCAACACGCAAUUUUAACAAUUUAUUUCGUAAUUACUUUUUUUAUAUUAACAAACCAUUAAUUAGUAUAAAUAAUUGAACAAAAAAUGGCGCAAAGUAAAUUGAAUGAUUUAGCUGGAAAAUUUGGUAAAAAUCCCGGUGGUAUAAAUACUGGAAUAAAAGUCUUAGCAGUGGCUGGUGCUGCGAUAUAUGGCCUCUCACAGUCAAUGUUCACAGUUGACGGAGGACACAGAGCCAUUAUUUUUUCACGACUUGGAGGAAUUCAAAAAGAUAUUUUCACUGAAGGUCUACAUUUUCGUAUUCCCUGGUUCCAGUACCCGAUAAUCUAUGACAUCAGAAGUCGUCCAAGAAAAAUAUCAUCACCAACAGGAUCAAAGGAUCUUCAGAUGGUCAAUAUAUCACUUCGUGUUCUAUCACGACCUGACGCAAUGGCAUUGCCAAUAAUGUAUCGUCAACUAGGAUUAGAUUACGAUGAAAAAGUACUUCCGAGUAUUUGCAAUGAAGUCUUGAAAUCAGUAGUUGCCAAAUUCAAUGCAUCCCAAUUGAUAACGAUGCGUCAACAAGUAUCAAUGCUAGUACGCAAAGAAUUAACAGAACGUGCUAAGGAUUGGAAUAUUGUAUUGGACGAUGUCUCAAUUACUGAAUUAAGUUUUGGUAAAGAAUAUACCGCCGCUGUUGAAGCUAAACAAGUUGCGCAACAGGAAGCACAACGUGCUGCGUUUGUUGUUGAACGUGCAGUACAAGAAAAACAACAAAAAAUUGUUCAAGCUGAGGGAGAAGCUGAAGCCGCUAAAAGAUUGGGUGAGGCUACUGGUACAAAUCCAGGUUACUUGAAAUUACGGAAAAUACGUGCAGCCCAAAGCAUUUCUCGCACAAUUGCUAAUUCACAAAAUCGUGUUUACCUCAAUGGUAAUAAUUUGAUGCUAAAUAUUCACGACGCAUCAUUUGAUGAAUCUACUGAGAAAUUGAGAAGUAAACCAAGUUGGGAUAAAUUGGACAUUGCAACUAAUAAUGCUAUCGAGUCAAUAAUUCAAAUAAAGCCAGCGAUCAAUCAAAAUAUUUUAAAUAACAACUAUAAUAAUAAUUAUCCAGCCGACAUGACCGUCAAUUAUUCUUCAGCUACAUUAUUAGAAUCUGCUGUCAAUGCUGCUAAACUUAUUUUAUAAUUUACAACAUAAAUAGAUA